CUCCGCGCAUUCGCCGUUGCGUAACGAAGCCGGUCCCCCACUUCCUGUCAACGCAGAUGCGACCUGAGGCUCCAAAGGCUCCCCGAAACCUGUCUGGAUAAUUACUCUGCCGACGGUUCAAAUAGCGACAAACUCCUCAAACAAUCAAGAUGUCUACCGACGAGGACAAUGAUUCCAAGUUCAUGCGAAAAGCGAAGGAGAAUCCAUUCGUCCCGUUGGGAAUGGCUGGAUUCUUUGCCAUCGUGGGGUACAGACUGAUGAAGAUGAAAAAUCGGGGAGACACAAAAAUGUCAGUUCACCUGAUCCACAUGCGCGUUGCUGCUCAAGGCUUUGUGGUUGGAGCCAUGACUGUUGGGGUCCUGUAUUCAAUGUACAAAGAAUAUUAUGUGAAGCCCAGAGAAGAACAGAAAGCACUGGCAGAGAAGUGAACACUCCGACGGUGACAUUUUUAUGCCUUUUAAUAUUACCUCAUCAAGGUGUGUAAAAUGCUUAUGUCCUUCAGAAUAACUUAUUGAUUACACUUAUCCUCCAGCUAGUGUGCUCGAUCUAAACUUGUACUGAGUAGGAGGUGUAUUGAUCUCAUCUAUCUUAGCAGUGGUUUCUCUGACUGUUUGAUGAUGUUAACCCGGUGGCUUUGAUCGCUGAGUGGAAAGAUCUCACAACGAACGGAUUUGUUGAUGUCCUUGUAAAACCAGCAAAAUUGUAGCGAUCAUUUAAAAACGGUUUCAAUAGGCCAAGUCUAGAUUUGAAAAUAAACACCGUUGGCAGCUGAUCUUUAAUUUUGUAUUUAUUUUAUCGUGUCACACCAUCGACAUAUUUUCUAAUUCAAGCAUUUUUCCCAAAUGGAAAAGGCCAUUUAAAGGGCAUACAAGGUCAUUAGGGCUAGGUUAUGAAAGACUUUGACAACAUUUAGUCUAGACAAAGCCAAUUCCAUCAUAAUUUAAACAACAUCAACACAAUUUAUUCCUUAAUUUACUGCAACAUCAGAUUAUGGGGCAACUGCAAAAGGAAUACAAAUGAUAAAACAAAUCCACAAAGGUCUCAUUUAUUUAUUUUAUUCAACUGCCUUUAUAAAUGUUUUUUUUCUUCACAUUUCUAUUAUAAUGUUGUGAUACACAGGGGUCCACUACAAUUAUUCAUGAGACAUACGGGUCAAGUCCAGGUACAUCUAUAUAUGGCGCACUAACCUUCAAAAUAUUAUAUAGGCUUCCUUGUGGUAUGCUUAAAGAUUCCAUGUUAGGCUAUUCACAAAGUAGAGUUUUUAAUGCUGUGUCCAAAUACAGAACAGGUUCGUUUUGAAAGAUUCUUUGUAUUGAUUUAUUUUGCAAAAAUAAAAGUCCCGGUUCAAAAAUU